AAGCUUAUAUAUUCAGUAACGUCUCUGCUGGUUCUCCACAUUUGUAACAUGGCUCCCAGAGGGAUGAUCGCCGUGACAACUGUUCUCCUCUGCUUCAUACUGGGCCUGCUCGGUCCAACUCCAGCUGCCCUGGGUUCCCAUAUGGGCAAAGCCUGUUGUACGAGAUACAAUAGAAAGCCAGUACCUUUCCAGCGUAUAAAGGGCUACAGAGAACAAACCACCAAGGAGAACUGCCACAUCGAGGCCAUCAUUUUCUACACUGUUAAGAAGAAUGAGGUAUGUGCUACACGGAGGGAUGAGUGGGUGAGGAAAACUCUGGAACUACUCAGUUCCAAACUAAGGAAGAUGUCCAGGACCGACUCUGCUGCAGGCGAAAGCAACAGAGAAGCAGAUGGACCUUUCGUCACAGAAGCCUUCCGGAACAGCACCGAAGCUUUCUAUUAGCAAAAACCAGGUUGUGAUCUUAAAGAAGAUAUCUGGAAUGAAAUCAUUUGUGUUAUAGAAAUGCCAAUUUGAGGUAACAUUUGAGAGGAAUUGAACCUAGUAUAAUCCAGUCAUGUUUGGGGAUAUUUACUCUAAAAAAAAAAAAAAAGAAGUAAAAGAAUAGAAAUGGCUUUCACUUGCACAAACAUACGCAGCGUCAGCAUAUAAUCAUGACUAAACGGGAACCUGAGAGCAGCUUUGAGACUAUUGCUGUAGUCUAUGUGCUUAGCCAUGAUGUGUUUUUUUAAAUCGUGCUUUCAGGACUGUGCUAUUUCAUUGCCUGCUAUGAAUCUGCUGCAUAAUCAAGUUAUUGUCCUGAAAUAUGCCAAUAGCAAUUAUCUUAACCAAAUAAAUUUACUCAAUAAUA